AUGGAAAGCAGCAACGGCUCGGUGAUGUACGAGACCACCUCGAAUGGCAUCAACGGCAAGCUCAGCAAUGGCUGCAACGGCCACGCCGACAGCAACAACAACCACCACGCCCAGGUCAAUGGAAAGGGAGGAGGCGUGGCGGCAAAGUCGAUGAUCAACGGCCACAGCGGAAAUGGCCUGGCCACCACCACCGACGCCCAGGACGGCUGGAGCAAGGCGUACUGCGUGCUGGGCGCCCAGUGGGGCGACGAGGGCAAGGGCAAGAUUGUCGACCUGCUGGCGAAUGAGAUGGACGUCGUCUGUCGGUGUGCGGGCGGCAACAACGCCGGCCACACUGUCGUUGUCGGCGACAUUGAGUACGACUUUCACAUUCUCCCCUCGGGCAUCAUCAACAGCAAUGCCGUGUCGGUGCUGGGAAACGGGGUGGUGAUUCACGUCGGGCAGAUGCUCGAGGAGAUCAAGAAGAACGAGGAGAAGGGCCUGAAGGACUGGAAGAGCCGGCUGCUGAUCUCCGACCGGGCGCACAUGGUCUUCGACUUUCACCAGGCGGUCGAUGGGCUGCAGGAGCAGGCGAAGGGGCAGAAGGGCCAGAGUUUGGGCACGACGAAGAAGGGCAUUGGGCCGACGUACAGCACGAAGGCGGCGAGGACGGGCAUUCGAGUGGCCGACCUGCUCAAUUUUGAGCAGUUUGAGGAGAAGUUUCGCUCGCUGGCGGGCGCCUUCACCAGCCAGUACCCCGACCUGGCGAUUGACAUUGACGCCGAGCUGGAGCGCUAUCGGGCGUUUGCCAAUGAGAUCCGCCCCUGCACCACCGACACCGUCUCCUUUCUCCAUCACUCCAUUCGCCAGGGGAAGAAGAUUCUGGUGGAGGGGGCAAAUGCCACCAUGCUCGACAUUGACUUUGGAACAUAUCCCUUUGUGACCUCCUCCAAUUGCACCGCCGGCGGCGCCUGCACUGGCCUGGGCAUUCCCCCAAAGCACAUCGGCGAGGUGUACGGCGUCGCCAAGGCCUACUGCACCCGCGUCGGCGAUGGCCCCUUUCCCACCGAGCUGAAGGACGCCACCGGGGAGUACCUGCAGCAAACUGGGCGCGAGGUGGGCGUCACCACGAAGCGAAAGCGCCGCUGCGGCUGGCUGGACACCGUUCUCCUUCGCUACUCCAACAUGAUCAACGGCUAUGCUGGCCUGGCCAUGACAAAGCUCGACGUCCUCGACGGCCUCGAUGAGAUCAAGAUCGGCGCGAAGUACCUGCUGGACGGCCGUGAGGUAGUGACUCCGCCCGGCAACACCAACGACCUCAAUCGAAUGCAGGUGGAGUACGUGACGAUGCCCGGCUGGAAGCAGAGCAUCGCCGGCUGUCGUCGCUUUGAGGAGCUUCCGCAGGCGGCCCAAAAUUACGUUCGCAAGGUGGAGGAGCUCUGUGAGGUGCCCAUUAAAUGGAUUGGCGUCGGCCCGUCGCGUGACUCCAUCAUUCGCCUCUUUUAA